UCUUCAGCACUGACUCAUGCUCGUUACUAGAAAUACUAUAUAUAUAUAUAUAUACUGUAUAUCCUGGGAGAAGCCAGAAGUGGAAGAUACUCAAUAACAGCUGAAUUCUAUGGUUAUGGACUGUGCCUGGAUACUAAUGAUAGAGACACAUUAAGAGAAGAUGAGAGAAGCAAAAAGUCCCACUAAACUGCCUCAAUUCCUCAGGAUUAUCAGAAUUCUCUGCCUUUUCCUCCUGCCCCAAUUGGGUGUUGUACUGGAGGUGACUGCUCCUUCCCCCCAGAUUGCUAGGAAAGGAUCCAACACCCUCAUUCCCUGCACUUUCUAUGUGAGUAAAUUCCCUGCUGAUCCCAAACUCUUGGAUGUAAAGUGGUAUUUCAAUAGCAGAGUAAUUCUGAUAUACAGCGAUGAUGUGAUCACAACAGAUCCCCGGUUCUCUCUCAACUCAACUACAGCCCCAUGGGGAGUGGCCUCUUUGUCUGUGUCUAAUACACAGGUAUCUGAUGGUGGCACCUACACCUGUACAGUGGAUUACAGCUCAGACCGGCAAAAUAAGGAGAUCCUACUGGAAAUUCAAGCCCCCCCACAGAUCAUAAUCACUAAUAAAGUUGUUAGUGAGAAUAAGGAGAGUGUCCUGAGAGCCUCCAUCACUGGCUUCUACCCCCAGGAUCUUGAUGUUAAAUGGCUGAGAGAUGGGGAGAUAUUACCUGGUGUUACUGUGAAUAAGUCCCAGAGAGACCCAGAUGGCACCCACAGUACAACCAGCACAGUGACCAUUGUACCCACCAAGGAGAACAGGAACCAGAUCUUCUCUAUCCAGGUCCAACAUAAGUCUCUCUCUGCUCCUCUCCAGGAGGAUUUCCAGCUGAUCUAUGAAGCUGCCCCUUCCAUUAACUUCACCCAUGAGCCAUUUUAUGAGAAUAAGGAACAGACACUUAUGUGCCGUGUGUGGGGGUAUUACCCAGAAUCCAUUGCUGUGAGUUGGUUAGUGAAUGGAAGUCGUGUGGAAGCCUCAGAGAUAAAGAGGAUUAACAGUUCUGCUCUGGAGUCUUCCUACCAGUUCCUCCCAACAGCUGAGAGUCAGGGGAUGGAGAUCUCUUGUGUGGUGGAACAUCAGGCCCUCACCCAACCUCUUGUGCAAACACUAAAGGUGGAACUGACAGGUGAGAACUUUCCCUAUGGAUCACAUCUCCUUGCUGGACUAAUCUUUCUGCAAAGCCGGGGCCAUACAGAAGAUCUCUACCAGGCAGAAGAGGCCUAUGGAACAUUACUUUCUCUGUUGACUACCCCUAGCCUAGGUCCAUGUUCCCUCACUGAGCAGUGGUGUUCCACUUCCCUAAGUUAAAGUGCUCCAAUGAGAAUCGCAGCUGAUGUGAGUAAAUGUGGCU